AUGGAUAUGUCAGUAAAAAUCUCCACCAAUAGCCGGAAGCUGUACUUUAUUGCAAAGCACCAAUUUUCAACAGGUGUAAAACUAUCAGAAACCCACUCAUAUCUCAAAAAAGGCUUCGCCGAUUCACAGAGCUGAUACACUAAAUAUGGUGCUAUGGCAAGCACUCAGCUUUAUCGCGAAUUUCUACAAUUUAUGAGUAUGAAUGAAGCAACCUCUGUGCUAGAAACAGGAUCGGGCCCUGGCAAUGGGAUUUCUAUAAUUCAGAACUUAAUCAACCCAUCCUGCAAGUUUACAGCAACCGACAUAAGUCCAGGAUUUCUUAAAGAAUUAAAAAAAAUAAAAGCUGGAAAUUUUUUAGCUCAAGAAGCAAAUAUAGAAGAACUUCCUUUUCCCCAAGAAUCCUUUGAUCGAUAUAUUUCCAAUAUGGCGAUUCAUAACGUCUCUGACCCUGAAAAAGCAUUUAAUGAAGCUUACAGAGUAUUAAAAAUUGGAGGGGUUUUAGGGGUUUCAACAUUUGGUGGGAACGAUAAAACAAAUACUUAUAUGGCUCUUAUGAAAAAAUUUAGGAAGUUUAUAAAUCAGCCAUAUCAUGAGUCAAUUUUGAGCAAUUUAAGUAUUAUGGGGUAUCCUGAAAAUUUUAAAAAAUUUGCCUUGAAAAUCGGGUUUAGAAGGGUCAUUGGAUACUCAGCAAUGGCUGUAUAUCCUUUUAGGACACCUGAAGAAGCUGCUGAUUUAUUUUUAAGUUUUGGUCCUUUAGAGCAAUUUAUGAAAAAUAAUCCUGAUAAAGCGGAAGAGCUAGAAAACCUAGUGAUAAGGGAGUUAUAUGAGUGUUUGGUUACCAAUGGAACUCCAAUUGGAUAUGAGUCAACUAUUUUAAUUGCUCGUAAAUAG